GCAGAGAGCUGGAAAAAUAGCAACGGCUGAUCAGCAGCAGCACAGCUGGGGAAGGAGGAGGUCAGGCUGGAGCUAACGCAGUCGCUGUGCACGGGAAUGGGCGACGUUUGACUGCGAAGAAGGUUCUCUGCAAACUGGGAGAGACGUCAGUGAGUCAUGGAGGACUGCGGCAGCCUCAUAGAGUUUGAUGUACCGGAGUUCAGCAACACCGUCCUUAACCAGCUCAAUGAGCUCCGUCUCCAGGGCAAGCUGUGCGACAUCAUCGUCCACAUUCAAGGGCAGCCGUUCCGUGCCCACAAGGCCGUUUUGGCCGCCAGUUCACCGUACUUCCGCGAUCAUUCUGCACUGGGCACGAUGAGUGGCCUCUCUAUAUCAGUAAUCAAGAGCCCUGAAGUGUUCGAACAGCUGCUGGCCUUCUGCUACACCGGCCAUAUGGCGUUGCGCCUGCGCGACGUCAUCAGUUUCCUCACGGCUGCCAGCUUCCUCCAGAUGCAGGCUGUGAUAGACAAAUGCACGCAGAUUCUCGAGGGUAUUCACUCUAAGAUCAGCAUCCCAUCGCCUGGAGAAACAGAUCCGGACAGCGAUUGCGCCACCUCAAGGGCUGUAUGCAACGGUGUAAAAGACAGAGGUAUUUUUGUAAACCCAACGCAGAUUUCGCCACCCUACUAUUCACGCCAGAAUCAUUCAAGUAAGGGGGUGUUGCAGCAAGUGGAGGAAGGACAGUCAGACCGGGCGAGCAGCGAUGGCGUUUCUGAGCAGGAGGCGUCAAUGGAGGUUGAGUCAGAACAGGUGGAACUCAUAGGAAAGGAUGGGCAAGUAACUGACAUCCAUAUCAAGGUAGAGAAAUCGGAACGACCCAGUUACUCGGACAGCUCGUCGGCAGGUGAUGAUGGCUACCACACCGAGCUAGUGGAUGGCGAGCAGGUGCUAGCUGUUAGCGUGGGAUCUUACGGGCCCAUACAUCCCUCUGCCGGAUAUACCUACUCUGCACUGCCUUCACCAUGUUUCGUCAGCCUGAGUUCCUCCAGCCCCUCUCGCUCCUUGCUCAGCAGCGUCCGUGGUGGUCGCGCCCGGCCAAAACGUCCCGUGCCCCUUCCAGCUGAUUUGCUAACCCAACUCAAGCCUGGUGCCGAAGAAACCGAUGGAGCUGCAGCGGCAACCGGAUUUGAGAAUGAUGUACGGGAACGAAGUAUUCGUGGCCAGUGGUACCCCUACAACGAGCGCCUCAUUUGCAUUUACUGUGGCAAGUCCUUCAACCAGAAAGGUAGUCUGGACCGCCACAUGCGUCUGCACAUGGGCAUAACGCCCUUCGUCUGCAAGUUCUGCGGCAAGAAGUACACUCGCAAAGAUCAGCUAGAAUACCACAUCCGCGGCCACACGGACAACAAGCCCUUCAACUGCCAGAUCUGUGGCAAAUGUUUCCCUUUCCAAGGCACACUCAACCAGCACUUGCGCAAGAAGCACAUGAUCUCCGGCACAGAAGUCAACAAUCACACAGACUUGCUGGCAGAGGCACCUGAUGGCCAGAGGGGGGAGCAAGAGGACGCCUCAGAGGGUGAAGUAGCCUACCAAGCAGCGUACGAUGAUGAUGCGUCGACUAAAAACGCAAGUGAAGAGAGUGGCAAGUGUAGUCCAGAGGAAGCCCCUGCAUCCAAAUGUGAUUAUUGAGAAAUACGCCUCAUUUAUUUGGGUGUUUGGCUUAAAUCUUUUCAAGAUAAAGCCCAUCAGUUUUUAAAGAAUGACAAGAAAUAGUGAACCUGCCUUGCGCGUUUUCUACUCGUCCGUUUUGUGUGGAAGUUCUUCACAGGACUAAGAUCAAGAGAAUGUUUUUAAGGAGUUUUUCAAAGGGAAGGAGUCCUAUAAUCUGGGAAACAAAUAACAGGGGAGACGAUCUGUGUAUUCAAGGCCUCCUGAGAGUUUUAUCACAUUUUAUAUAUAUCUCUCUCUAUAUAUAUAUAUUUCCAUGUUUUUCAACAUAUUUACAGAGUAAUAUAGGCAUGUUGCAAUAACGAAUAAUGUGAAAGCUCAGAUGAGACGCUUGUCAUAUCACGCUUUUACCUGACCUAUUUUUGCACAUGUGGCCCGUUGUAGGUCACUCACUCACAAGGAAUGAUUUUUCUGCCAGUGCAAGGCUAAUUGUGACACAUCCGUUCAAUACCUCAUGAUACAACCUCAUUAUACAACCUCAACAUACUCAUACUGGACAGUAUUUUUUUAGCUUCUUGUCAACUCCAGCCAGGUUUUACCUCAUAGCAAAGAACCUGAAAGGAGCGGAAGAAGCUUCUCUCGAUAGACACUCUUGUUUUGUUUUCAACGGGUUUGAAUGGAGGCAGUGGUGAAAACCCUGAACAAAACAUCUUCAGUUAUAUAUUCCUUAGUGAUUGUAUAUGAAUUCUGAAUGAAGCUAGUUCAGUUUUCUUUAGCAGCCAUUUUAUCUAUGUUGGGGCGAAAGUGCUACUACAAGGUGUACCUGUGGUGUGUAUUACAGGAUCAAGGAUCCAGUACAAAAUACAAUGAUGGGGUCCCCCGUUUAAAUAAUGCAAUAUUAUUCAAUAGAAUCACAAUCUGUAUCCAUAGUGCUAUCCAUUUCAGUAUAGGUGUAGCUUUAACGUUCAACGCAUAGUUACAAAUAAGUGCUAAAGUUGUAGCCCAAGAUGUGUUAAUGUCAACUGUUUGGCCUUCAUGUGUUUGCUACAGAUGUGGCCUUUAAAAAUGCGCGUUUCUGAGAGCAGAAUGCCGCGGAGACUUCCGAAAUUCUGCGAGAUCCCGCAGAAGGGGAGUUCGGUGGGGGACGCAGGAAAUAUAAAAACCUGUAGAGGGCAGGUGUGUUUCAUGUAGGCCAUACUGACGACAAUGUGUGUGCUCGACUUCAUGCUUAGCGUAUACUGUAUGAUAUUGAAGUAACAUGACACGGAUUAUCAAUGUUUAGGCGAUAGACUUUGAUGUCAGAACAAUAAUACUAAUAUAUUUUUACAACAUUUUUAACUUUAAAACAUGUAUUUUUAUACCACAUGAAUCUCUUUAAAAUAUUAAUACUUUUAGAAAAACGGACAUAAUUAUUAAUAUUAUAAACAAACAAUGAAACGGUGUCAAAAUUCGACAACACAAAUAAUUAAGAUAUUCAUUGUAAAUAGAGUUAAGGGUAUUAGGCUCACACUAAAUUCUUUGUUGCACUUAGUAUAAAUGCCCAUUGCACGUACAGUCAUCUUAAUAUAUGUAUGCGCUGUUAUGCUGGCAAGAAGGGGUUGACGUCACUUUGCUGUUUUAAUAGAAAUAUUAAAUAUUCAGCAAUGCCCUUAUUAACUUCUGGAAACAACCGCAAUGACAACGCAUAUAAAAAUGUAGUUUUUUAUGCGCCACCUGGUGGAUUUUCUGUGAAGCGAAACACAUUAAGGGAAAAGGGAAAGUAGCCCCCCCGAAAACACUUGCAGAAUUCUGCGUGACUCCGCGAGACGAUUUGGCGAAUGCCGCGGGAGAAAACGCGCGUUUUUAAAGGCCACAUCUGUAUCAGUUUGGUGCCAUUUCAUUUAUCUUUUUUAAGUCAUAUGCAGUUAGUUUUUCUUGGCGCUUAUGUGGAGGGUGUGCCUUUAAAAGAUAAAACCUUAAAAAUUAUAUAUAAAUAUAUGUUUAGGAAUCAUGCACAUUGUGGAAAUUGCCUUGGGGCCAUACCACCUUAGAAAGAAAGAAGGGGGGGGGGUAUUAUUGCAUUGGUUUCCUAACUCGGUCAGUUGUUAAACUACUUUAAAUGUAUUUAGCGGCCUUAAAAGUGCUUUAAGUAUUGUAUAGGCUUUGUGUAAAUUGGACAGCGAUUACAAGAAGCUCUCCCCAGCUUCUCGCACUUAAUGCAUCUGGACCGACCAAAAGGUUCAGUGUUUCAAUAUAGAAAUGAAUAAUUUACCAAGAUUGACUUCCUGCAGUUAUGAAUGAUAAAUUGUAUGGAGGUAUAUUAUAUAUGUUAGAGAGACACCCAAUUCAAUAGUGCAGGGUUUUCAUACUACAAUAGAACAAUAAGAUAAAGAGCAGCUUAUGUUAAAAAGCUAUUUUACACAUUUGGUAUUGUAAAAUGAAAACCCUAGAUGCACCAUAACUUUUUAUCAGUUUUUAUUGUAGUAUUAGUAGUGCAAAAAACAUACCUUACUCUUUUCUGUUGAACUAUAAGCUAAAACUUAAAGGAAUUGUCACAUCCCAAUAUUAAAUAGAUGGGAUUAUGAUGAAUCGCCACACUGUCUUGGAUCAUUCUAAUAGAUCAUCCAGGUUAUCUCAAAGAGAAUUGGUAUUUCCUUGUGAGCAAUAUACUUGGUUCAUAUUUUAUACUGCUCAUUUCGCAUUCGCCUCCCAGUCUGAAGUAUAUUUAAAUGAUAGUUCCUGAUGCUAAGACAGAUUUAAACAUGCCCGGUUGUCAGAUUCAAGUGCUUUAAAGUUCUCCCGACAUAGUAUUUAGAAAUAGUUUGGACCUGAACACACCCUCCAUACGUUCACUUUAGCAACCAUCAGUUAGCAUAACUAGGAUCGCCCUUUGUAUAAAGACUGCGGUUUUAUCCCAUAAAGACAACUCCUUCAUGCUGUGAAAUGCAACCAGCGUCACACCUUGUUUCUUAAAAGUGAAGUAGAGAAUUUAAAUAUGACUUCCAUUAUGGUGCUCAUUCUUGUUUGUGUAGUAUAAUGUUUACUCAUUUCACAUUUGUUUUAAACCUACAUGCACAUCAAUGUUUAAGUUAAAAAAAACAACAACAACCUUGAAUAGUAUGAGGCCUUGUAUAGGGCCAAUGAGUACCCUAAUACCAUAGAAGGUCUUUGUAGGCUCCAGGACGGUCCCGGGAUGUUUUUUAUGCCCCCCAUAGGAAUAGUUCACUCAAAGUGAAACGUUUGGUAUUAUUUACUCAUCCUCAUAUUGUACCAAACUGGUGGAACACAAAAAGAGGGGUAAUAUGGGCUCAAAGCCUGAGUCACCAUUUACUUGCAAUGCUUUUCUGCAGAAAAAAUGCAGAACUAGCAUCAUUUGAAACACUGCAUAUGCAUGCUGUUUUAGAAACAAUGGCAUGUGCAUCAUUUGACAGAGCUGAAGUAAUAACUGAUUUUUUUUAUUCUUGAGUGAAAAACUCUACAACUUUACUGAGAAAAGCAGAAGGAAAUGACAAAUAUACCCACUUUUCUCACUGUUUCUUUGAAUUCGUGAUUUCAAGUAAACCAUAUUCGUGCCAUUAAAACCCACUUGCGUGCUCGUAUUACUGGCAGAGGAACAAGAAUCAUCUUUGUUUUAGGAUCUUUAGCUUUUAACAAAUAAUGCACAGCAGUUGCGAACAAUGAGCCAAAUUUGGUAACUGUGUUAUUCCAGUUAACAAAAGCCAAAACGCUAAAUGCAGAAAAUAUUAGAUGUGUUGUCCUCAUACUACUGACAGAGCACUCUUUGGUGUUGACGUAUAUCAUUUGAAACCGUAUAAUCCCAACCGCUUUCUUUGUGCCAUGAAUGUGUUUAGAUUUGCUCUAUCAUAUCUAACCAGGCCUUCCAUCUUGCAUAUUGUAAACACGACUUUGGCCUCUAACCAAAGAGCAAACCAAAAAUUGUGAAGGGUUUGUGAAGUAGUACGCUGCACAGCCGACUAGAGAGAGAGAGAGAGACCAAAACCAAGUCCAACAAAUGUCUUUCAGAAACAUGAAUGGUUCUUUGUCAUAUCCCCCAUCACAUGUUUGCUCUGAAACCUGUCACACACAAGGACGAAAUGUAUUUGUUGUCAUUUGAUAGAAAUAUCCUGGUCUAUAUUGUUAAAAUUGUGUUUCAAAGAGAAGUGUAAAGUCUGGCCACAAGCUUUUGAUAAAGAGGAUUCGGAUGUUGUUUUGUGGUAUAGAGAGGAGAGUAAGAACGCAUUGAGAAGUCAGAUGUGUUUUGUCAAGAAUGUUUGAAAUAUGAUUUAACCCGUGCCUUGCUGUGAAACAAAGGCUGUGUGAUAGGGAUGCAUAAUAAUUAAUCGUGAUUAAUCUAUAGCAGAAUAUAGGUUUUGUUUACAUCAUAUAUGUGUGUGAAAUGUGCAUAAUAAUUAUGUGUAUAUAUAAAUAUGUACACAUUUAUGUAUAAUUUUAAGAAAAAAAUAUAUAUAUUUAGUAUAUAUAUAUAUAUAUAUAUAUAUAUAUUUAAAUGUAUACAUGCAUCUGCGCAUUUAUCUACACAAAGUUAUUAUACACAGUUCACACAUAUGAUGUAAACAAAAACUUUUAUUCUGCUAUAGAUUAAUUGUUAUGCAUCCUUACUAUGUGACACACAUACACUGUCAGAAAAAAAUGUCCCCUAGAUGUUACUGUGGUGGUACCCUUUUUUUUAAAGUACACCUUUGUACCUAAAGAGUUUAUAAUGUUAUACAUAUAUGUACAUAAAUGGUACAUAUUACGACCUUUUUAAAGGUUACUGCCCCAGUGACAGCUACAGUAGGUACUGUUUUUCGUUCGGUGUAGCCUACAGGUUAUGGGAAUGAGAUUAAGACGUUUUUGCAGAAACAGGGAAAUUUGUGUUUAUGUAUGUAUCAGUGCAGCCUGGGCUUUUGUAUAUUGAUCUAAUGGUUAUGUUUAAAAGGUAACAUGUCUAUUAAUUAGGUCGUAAGGGUUCCCCUUGUAUCAUUUUGAUUUUGAGUAUCAUUGUAAGUUUUUUGUUACCUAUUUGCAGGGGAUUGAUAUGCAUUGAUAUUAUAAAUAAAGCAACAGAGAUUAAGCAUCAGAAGCAUUAUGCAGUUUUGACAGCAGGAAAAUAUAAUAUAAAAUGGGACAAUCAGACGGCUUCAAAAUAUAGAAGCUUCCUUUUGAGAAAAAAAAGUAGUUUUUGUUGAUUUUUGCCUGGCUAUAGUAGUCUUGGAAUAAUGACACUUUCAGGUUAGCAGAUCUCUGUAUCAUAUAUAUUGUUUGAUGUCUAUGGGGGGUUAGGAAAUUGCAUGCCGGCCCACUUACUGCUAAGGAAGAAUUGCAUGGUGCCCUUCACGUUGUAAUACGAAAAUACAGACGAUCAUUUGUUUUUGUCUUAAAACUUUUUUUUCAUAGAUAUUAUGAUAUUUCAUCUGGCAUGCACUUAAUAAUAACCUUAUAGAGACCUUAAUAAUUAUUUUUUUGUUGUUGAUAAAGUUGUAUUCCAAGAGGGGUUGAUUUACCAUGUAAUACUCCCAACUUAUGGGACUCAUAAAGCCUCAAAUAUUUUAUUGCUUGGGAUGUUCCCCUGUAAUGGUGCUUUACAACUGGUCAGGUUUUUUAAUAAUUUAAUCAAAAAGAUGUUAAAUUGUUAUAUAGGGGUUAACAUACACUUGUUAAUGAUUUAAUGAAUUGUACUAAUAGCGUCUAGAGAGCGUCUACUAGAGACUCAUGGCUCAUAUUCACUCAAUCACAUUAAAACCAGUUCAGUUUGUGCCAUGCACAGUAAUCAAAUAGAAGUGUUUACAGGAUAGGCUGUUGGACUACUUUUUGAUUGUGCAGCUGGUCCUUUUUAACUAUUAAUACUGACUUACUUCAGGUAGUUUAUGAACACUGAUAUAUAUACUUGGAGAUAUUAAAAAAGUCUUCCAUUGCUUAUCAACUUCCAACAUGUCUCCACUGUGUAAUAAGCAAAAGCAAUAACCUUUGUAAGAGCAGUUUUUCCAUUAAUACGUCUGCCUCUCAGAUUGCAGCAGGACUAUGUCUCAGUAAGUGUAUUCAGGGUGUCAGGGAGUUCAUGAGCAGGAGAGGAUUUUUAUUUUGGAAAAAAAAAAUAUAUAUAUACAUUUUUGUAAAAAUUUGGAUGGGUUGGGCGGAUAUGCUUCUUGGGUGCGGUUUGUUGUUUUUGUGGUAACCAUAGUCCACAUUGUUUGUGGUCAUCUUCAUUAAAUGUGUAUGCAGAUACAUGCGUUUGUGUGUCUGUGAUCAUCUACCUGCCACCUCAGUGACUUGAUGGUGGAAAUCUUUAUCAGUGUCAAAUACGAAAGGGAUCUUUGGAUGAGAAAACCUGCUGCUAUUUUGUGUGCUAAAGAUCUUCUCCGUAAUGCAUAGGGUGGAGAUAAAAAUAGCCAAUUAGAAGCCAGAGAAUUCUUUUAUUUUCUAUGCUGUGAGUCUGUAGUUCUCAUGUAUCUGUGAAAUGGCAACAAGAAAAAGUAGAACUCAGGGUUAACUAGUACAGAAAAUGCCAUUUUGGAUAUGCAAUGGUUUUUGUGUGUCCAAAAAUAAGCUUGCACUUUUACUUCAGGUGGGGAAACAAUUCCUCAAUCAUUGGUUCCCAAAAAACAGUAUGCCUCAAAGGUGCAGUGAGAUGCACCUUAAUGUUUCCGUUCUUGCUUUUCCGAAUGCAUGAGACUUGCAGAGUUCAGCUCAGAGGAAUACAGAAGAUCUUUAGCUCGUACUAAAGUAGCACUCUGUCCAACUCUCUGUCAUCCACUAUACGUACAACCUCACAAUCCAACUGUGAACCUCAAAACUCUACUGUUUUAUACAACUAUGAAGUACAUAAAGCUGACGCUAAUGCUGUAACAAUUAACUCGCCAUUUAUGAAUUUUAUUUUAUAGCAUGAAAUAUAAAAUUAUAUUUAUUCAAAUGAUAUAUUUUACUCAUAAUCAUUCUGCGCUGCUUUUUAUUUUCGUUAUUAAAGCUUGUAUAUUGCUUUUUUAUGAUACAAAGAAAUGUCAAUAGAUACAAAUGCAUUUGUUUGUACAAUAAAGAUGCUGAUUUGGCAAAUUG